AUGAGCAGUAUCAGUACAACCCAACAACAAAUAUUUAUCAGUACAAAUGAACCGUACAUCUAUUUAAAUAUCGGUGGAUUUUUCGAUUUAGACACAAAUUCUGUUCGUGAAUUACACGCUGCACAAAUGGCAAUUGAAGAUGUUAAUGAGUCAGGCUUCAUAUCAAACUAUAAACUUCAAUUACUCAAAAAUGAGACGAAAUUUAAUCCCGCUGUAGCAACAGACGCCUUUUUUCAUGCGGUAUUUCGUCAACCACAAUUAUUAUUUCUAAUUGGUACUCAACAAUGGAAUGUUACAAAGUCAAUAGCUGAAGUUGCUGAAUAUUACAAUAUUAUUUUAUUUUCACAUUCUGUAUCAUUCAUUACACAAACAAAAGAAUCUCAUAGUUCAUAUCCGAUGUUAGUACGUUUAGCCAUCGGUGACGAAUUACAUAAUGAUGAUAGAAUAGAAUUUUUAAAACAACAUAAUUGGUUUAAUGUAGCAAUAAUUCAUCAAGAUUCGAUAGCACAUUCAUUGACUAUGGCUGAAUUAUCAAAACGUUUAAAUUCUUCAAAUAUUACCGUAAUCAUAGUGCAAAGUGUAUCAAUGUCAAAUUUAACUGAGGGUUUACGUACAUUACAAGCAAAAAAAGCUCGUGUCAUUUUUGCUAGUUUUGAUGCUGAAUAUAAGGCAACAUUUUUUUGUCAAAUUUAUCGAACAAUUGAUAAAACAUUAAGAAAUCGUUAUGUUUGGAUAUUGACUGGUGAAGAUCAAUAUUGGUGGAAUAAAUUUACAUUAAAAGAAUCGAAUAUAUCUUGUACAAGAGAUCAAAUACUUCAAACAGCAGAUGGACACUUUAUUAUUGAUAGUUUACAUGAAAUAUUUGAAAAUUCUACAAUAACAAUUGCUAAUAUUACAACUGCUCAAUUCUAUGAACGAUUAGCAAAAAUUGAUAAUAAUUCAAUGAAUCAUAAUCGACCUAAUCAGUACAUAACUCAAGCGUACGAUACUGUUUGGACUGUUGCUUACAUCAUUAAAAAGUCAAUUGAACAAAGUAUUCCUCUAGAACAAUUUAAUUAUCACAAUAAAAUAAUAACCAAUUUAUUUUUAACAAUUUUGCAUACACUCAAUUUUAAUGGCGUUUCGGGUCCAAUAUCGUUUCAAGAUCAAAAUCGGAAAGCUCAGACAUUAAUAUCACAAUUACAAAAUGGUACAAUUAAACGUAUAGCCGAAUAUAGUGAUGAAAUAAAUAUGCUUAACUUUCAUUGUCGAGAAUGUAGUAAAUUAAUUUGGCAUGAUAAAAUGCCGAUUGAUCAAGAAAUUAUUAAAUAUAGAAAACAACAAUUGAGUUCAAUUCAAAUGAUUGUUAUUGUAUCUGGUUCACUUGGUGGUAUAAUUUUAUCAAUCUUUUUUGUAUCAUUUACCUUAAAAUAUCGACAUGAAAGAUAUAUCAAAUUAUCUAGUCCAAAUUUAAAUAAUGUACUUGUUAUCGGAUGUAUUCAUAUUUAUUUGGCAAUUUUAUUACUAGGAAUUGAACAAUGGUUCAUAGAGAGAAAACUACUUGGGUACGCUUGCAUGUUUCAAACAUUUUUAUUUACUAGUGGUUUUUCAUUAAAAUUUGGUUCAAUGUUUUUAAAGACUCUUCGUGUUUAUCGAAUAUUUACUUCAACUGAUCAACCAUUAUUGCAUUCAAAAGGUGGAAUGUUGGAUGUUGAUACGAUUAUUGUCAAUGAAAUUCAAUACUGUGAAUCAAAUUAUCGUCGUGAAAUAUUCACUUUUAUUUAUAUAUACAAAUCAAUAUUUUUAUUUUUUGGUGGUUAUUUAGCAUUUAAAACAAAACAUGUUCAUAUAACAGCAUUAAAUGAUUCCCGUUAUAUUGGUUGGUCAAUUUAUAUCGUUUUAAUAACAAGUGUAUUUGCUGUUAUUAUGCUUGAAUUUACACGUAGUUUAAAUCGUCAAUUAGUCUAUGUUUGUAUUUCAAUAUCACUUAUAAUUGCAACGACAUUAAUUUUAUGUAUAGUAUUUUUACCAAAGAUAUACAAAAUUAAAAAUAAACGAAAUCUACAAAAUGAAAUUGUAUCAAAUGAUUUAGUAAUGGAAGCACGUACACGGCGAUUUGCACUUGGUGCCAAUUAUUUUGAAGAAUAUCGUUAUGCUCAAAUUCAAAAUAGAGAAUUAAAAACUGAACUCACUCAACUCGAUAUUCAACUUCAUCGUUUGGAACGUCGAAUAGAAGACAUAACUUCGAUACCCAAAAAUACUACUCUUGCAUUUUUACCAUUAGCGGUACAAUUAGCAUCAACUUUUUUGUAUCAACGUAAUGACGAUUCGUUUCAUUCACCUGAAGCAAUCUCAAAUGACAUACGACCUUCAACAACGUGUACCAGGGUUAAAAGUAAAUAUGAUCUAAUGAAGUAUGAAGAAAUUGAAGAAGAAAGUUCAAGUAAUGAAACUCCUUCCAUCCAAGAUUCAUCCGAACUAUCACUCUCUGUUGCUUUGCAAUAUUCUUCAAGCUGUGAUAGCAGUACAUCAAAAACGAUACAGUCAUCAUCAUCAUCAUCAUCAUCACUAAUAAUUAAUGAUGCACUGGAUGCAGUCAAUAGUGCUGAUGAAAAUGUCGAGAAGGAGGCGAAUAACAGCACUCAUUAUUCAUUACUAUCUUGGAAUCCAUAUGAUCAUUUACGACCACUUCCAUUUAUAACAUCUUGUUCAAGUGACGAUGAGUCGAUAAUAUAUUCUAAACUGCCAAGAGAACUUGAAGCUCAUUUAGCUGAAUUGGAUAGUGAUAUUGAAAAAUUUAGAACUAUAAAUUAA